CUAAUUCCAGUAGCGGGGAAAGUCUGAGAAGUUUUGAAGGUGUUUCAGAGUGGGGCCUUCUUCAGGCCCAGCAGAAGAUCAGGGAGCUGUCAGUCACCAUCCGUAUGAAAGAAGAACUCAUCAAGGAGCUGGUCAAAACGGGUAAGGAAGCUCAGGCCCUGAACAAGCAGUACAGCCAUAAGAUCUCAGCUCUGGAGAGUGAAGCUGUGCAGGCCCGGCAGGAGCUGCUGGAGGCUCAAAGGCAGCUGCAGGAGCUUGAGAAGCAGGAGAAAGAGAUAAGCGGAACGGACAAGAGCAGAGCACAGGAAUGUCGCAGGAAGAUAGCUGCUGCUCAGAGCAAAGUUCAGGUGCUGAGUCAGCGUCAGAGGGACACAGCCCGUCUGGCCAACCUUCCUGUCCAGAGUGAGCGUCGUGUGUUGGAGCUGGAGAGAAGUGUUCAGUCCAUGAAGCAGCAGCAGGAGCAGCUGCAACGACGCCUGCGUGAGGAGAGUCAGCAGAAACGACGUCUGGAGACAGAAAUGCAACGAAGAACUCACAGAGUCAAGGAGCUUGAAAUAAAGAACGAGCAGCAGCAGAAGAUCCUCAGGAUAAAAACUGAGGAGAUUGCAGCCUUCCAGAGACAGAGACGCAGCGGCAGUAAUGGAUCUGUCAUCUCUUUGGAAGAGCAGCAGAAGAUCGAGGAACAGAAGCGCUGGCUGGAUGAGGAGAUGGAGCGCGUCCUGGAUCAGAGAAGAGGCCUGGAAGGUCUGGAAGGAGAACUGACUAAACGAGAGAAAAUCCUGGCAAAGAAGGAAGCGUUGCUACAAGAACGCAGUGGGCUGGAGACAAAAAGACUCCUCUCCAGUCAGGCUCUGAGUAAAGAUAUGGUGACACUGACUGGGCGCAUUGAGACACUGGAGCAAGAGCUAAGUGAGAGAAAUGGUCUCCUUCGCAGCAGCAGCGCUCAGGACUCCCAACACAUCCGGCAGGAGAUCUCCAACCUGCGCCAGGAGAAAGAUUCACUGCUUAAACAACGUGUUGAGCUGGAUGAUAAACUGCGGAAAGGAAACCUGCUCUCACCCGAGGAGGAGCGGACUCUUUUCCAGCUGGACGAGGCCAUCGAGGCUCUGGAUGCAGCUAUUGAAUACAAAAAUGAAGCCAUCACCCAGAGGCAGAGGCAGCUCAGGGCCUCUGCCAGCAUGCUCUCCCAGUGGGAAAUGAACCUCAUGGCCAAGCUCAGUUACCUGUCCGCCUCCGAGACCAGAGCUCUGCUCUGCAAGUACUUUGAUAAGGUGGUCUCCUUGCGUGAGGAAGAGCGUAAGCUGCAGCUUGGACUGACUGAGCUGGAAAUACAGCUGGAUGACAAGCAAAAGCUGGUGCAGUGGUUGGAAAACGCCCUGGAACGCUCACAGCUCGACACAGAUCGCCGGCUCACGCAGCAGCAGAGGGAACACGAGAGGAGCAUGCAGCUGUUGUUGCAGCAGUGUCGAGAACAAAUGGAUGAGGGCCUGGCAGGUCGGCAGCGGCAGUAUGAGGGAUGGAUCCACAACCUCAGCAAGGAGCUGAACCACUACAAGGCAGCRAAUCUGGAGCUCAGCAACAAACUGAGAGAGCUCUGUAGUCCAGUCAGUCAGCUUAAAGAGCAUCCAAAAGUCUUUCCAUCUGAUGUGAAAAAUGCUGGUAGCGUAGAGAAGCUGAGCCRUUGUCCUGAGGAUGGUCCAGCCGGCAGAGGGACAGGUCAUCUGGACAAACCCACCAGGACCAGGGAGGAAAUGAGAGGACUKGUGAACACCCCACUCCCCUCCACAUGGAGGCGCUCUUCUCUUCCCACAGAGGAACCCGCAGCCAUGGAGGAGCUGUGGCUUCAGGUGGCUGCUGGAGAUUUUCCAGCUAACCGAGUGGUUCAGACCRGUGCGGGGUACUGGGGCGGACCCACACCGCUUCCUGUGGUGAAAUCUCGCCGAGAGUCUCGUCGCUCCAGCCUCAACGUGGGMCCUCUGACCUCAAACACGUUGAUAGACGUUCGAAAGAAUCCUGUCUGAAGUUCACCCUUGUUUCUCCUGAGUGACUUUGCCAAAUAUUUCAAUAUUUAGUUUUUCAUUUCAGUUUUUGGACUUCUUUUUUAUUUUUAUAAAAAUCCACUGAUUUUACCACGAAGCACUUUUAAUUCAAAUAAAAUUAUGCAGAUGUUAAA